AUGUCCCCCGAGGUGACUCAAGGUUACGGAGCGCAUCCGCCAGCUCCUGGUGCCACGACGCUGGUAACGGUUAAUUCUGAGAAAAAUUCCAAGCACCCUCGUCAAGAGUCGGAAACCUCUGGCGAUUUGUUGUCGGGAAUCAGCACGCCACAGACACUUUCUGGCGCGGCGUCAUUUCACCCCGCUCUUGGAGGCGCCAGCGAAACGUCAGCGGCUCCUUCUCCGGACAGCCGCGGAGACAGCGGUGUAGAUAUCGUUGAACAAUCGUCGCUGUUGUAUAGCGACCUGGGUAUGAACUUCCUCCCCCUUGCGAUUUCGGCGGCGUCUUCCAGCGGUGACCUGGCCGGAGGCAUCAGCGGACCGUCGACCGCGUUUCCUGUGUCAAAUCCCAAUGGCAGCGCACUACUGAGAGAUUCUUCUCUUGGUGUCGGAUAUCCAGGGGUACAAGAUCUUGCUUCCCUGAUGAUCCCCUCGCUGAACGGCAAUGCGGGCUCAGUCGUAGGGGUGGCUCAAUAUCAGUCACCUGAGGUACUGGCAACAGGUUCAACGGCAGCGAAUGGCUCGAGAAACCCAGCUUCUUGCUCGCCAGGCACCCCUCAUGGGGGGGCGGCGAUUGCUGCUCGAGUGAAUGCACGGGAGCCACCGCGCAUGGGAGAGGGUGGCAACUGGCGGUGCAACAACUGUAGCAACAUCAAUUAUCCGCGACGCCGGGCGUGCAAUAGAUGCGGGUGUGCCCGGAGCGCAGUAAACGAUCUUCUUGUCGCUGAGUUCACGCGCUUGAAGGACGAGCUCCAGAACAUGGGUCUUGAUGCGCAUACGGCAAGCCAAGCGGCUGCAGCCCAACAGGCUGCUCAACACCAAGGCCGCCUGCUCAAUUCGAUGCUUGAUCUGCUUGGAUCGGAUACACAUCAGGGGGGUAGCAGAGCGCGUCAAGCACAGCAUCAAGGAAAAUCGUCAUCGUCGUUCGGUUUGGCUUCAUCACAUACAAGGAGUGGGCUAUGCAACACCUCAAGCCCGAUUUGCACGACUGACGGCCCCCGAGGGUCAAGCCGACAGUCAUCGCAGCCUACCGCCGCAUGUAGUGGACCAUACGCUUCUCAGUUGGUUCUUCUGAACAACACGUUGGCCUCUCUCAAGAUUGGAUUAGCGUCUGCAACAGGCACGUCGGCCACAACGUCAGAGGCCGGUGCCGGUGCGCACCCGUCACAGUGCGGCUCAGGAGGUGCAACGCUUGUGACUCCCGGUUGCGCCAACCCUGCGGGAGGAGGCGGCGAUAUGUGUGCGGCUUUUGACCUGAAGUUCCCAGCGACGGGAACGCCAGAGGCUAGCAAUCGGUCGUCCCAGACACCUGGGCUUUCACCACUAAGCUUUCGGAUGGCCACAGGAGAAGGAGGAUUUCGAACUGGUGAAGAGGCUCCGGUCGUAGCAUCAUCGUUAGCGGAGCAUGGCGCUGCUCAGUACACUGCAGUACUUCAGCUCAUGCUUCUUAAGGCAAAGGACGUGGCUGACGCCCUCGUCGUGUACUUCCAAGAGCUAGGAGAUCCAGAUCCUACAAGCAAAGCAGCAGACGUCCUCCGGACGGCGUUGGCAAUGUUGGGACAUUCAACAGAUUCUCGUGGUAAUGACACGAGUUUAGGGGAGAGAAAAGAUGAGGCUCUCACUGUCUCGUCGGCUUCAUCAGCUCCAGGUAUUCGCAACAACAGUGGAAGCGUAAGAGGGAUCGGAGGUCCAAACUUUUCAGCUCCAACGAUGCUGGCUCAUCCAGAUGAAUUCAAGAAUCCAAGCAGUUUUUUGAAGAUAUAUGGUGACCCUCUCUGCGGUAGCGCCGAUCUGAGUAGCGGGAACGGUCAGAAUCCCGUAAAGAGUCAUCACGGUAACUGGGUGUGCCGGAACUGCAAGAACGUGAAUUUUCCACGUCGCUUCCGCUGCAACAAAUGUGGCGAAAUUCGUGAUGAAGAAGGUGAUCGAAUUGUUGCAGAAUACGCGAAGCUUGUUCACCACCAUUAUCUGAAGGCGUACAAGCAUCUGGCUUCGAACCCGCAGGGCGCUUCUGGUGGAUGGUCGCCUACCGAUCAAAUGGGAACUUCCGUAAACCAAAAUGGUGGGGAGGGCGGCAGCCGCCAAAGCAGCAGAAAGAACCGUAACUUAGUCCCAGCUGCAGAGCCGCCUAGCUGUCAGGCACAAGCCUGA